AUGCGCUUCAAUCUCGCACCGGCUGUCCUCCUCGCCCUGGCUACGGCGAAUACUACUCUGGCCGCUCCGAGGCCGAGUCGCAAUGAGACCAGGGCGGAUGUCGGUGUUCGUCCCGACAUGAUCAUGGCUCGUAACCCGACGCAUAUGCACAUGAGCCAUGUCGAUACCGUUAUGGGUCGUGACCGUGACAAUGAGAAGGGAAAGGAAAUGGGCAAGAGUGGUUCUGUUUAUGAGGAUAUGGGUAUGAAAGCGGAUCUAGAUCGAUUCGCUACUCGUAGUCAUGAACGUGAACGUGAAUAUGUCCCUGCGCGCAUGGCCAUGGAUCAGUCCAACGCGAGACCUAUUCAGGGUAGUAUGAUCAUGGCCAUGGACCGAGAACAGCGUCAUGACCAGGACAAGGACCAAGACAAGGACGACAUGCAGAUGAUCCAGUCUGUUACUACCUCUCGCAGGCAUUCGAGCAUGUCUGGCAGGAAAGAAGACAACAACAGUGCCAUGGAGGCGGGAAUGAUGAAGCAGAUGCAGAAGCAUCAAGGUAUUACCGUCAGGGAGGAUGCGAUGCAAAAGGAGCAGCCAGAAAUGGAGAUGACCGAGGACCCCGUGGCUAGGGCAAUCCGAUACGCCCGUACUCAACUGGGCUGCAACACGGAUGCCUGCGCAAAUGUUAUUUCGAGCGCUACAUGCUUCACUGGUGCGCGCGAGGGUUUCAAUAUGAAAGUCUCUUUGGCCUGUGCCGGGCUUCCUGAGCCGGAGAUCUGCGGAUGCUCGCGCUGCCUGCCUCAACUGGAUAUGCUGUUGGCCAAGAAUAACAUGUGUAUGGGCUCUUCUGCCUAG